AUGUCCCAAGAACCGCUCCCUACCAUGGUCGCUAUUCACGAUAGCCGAGAACAUCGUGUCUGGGUCUACUUUGUCGACAAGGGAAGGAACAUCAGGUGGUACAAAGGGCCUCGUGAUGACGGACCGGAACGUCAAGCCAGCACUAUGCCGUACGACUCGCCCAGGGAGCUCAUCGAAUUAUUCUCUCCAGAGCGCGGGAAUGGAGCGGCAGAAACCCGCGUCUUCUACGUCAACGAAGAGAGUAAACUCCAGGAGGCCUGCUGGACGGAGGGCUUCAACAACGACAAGUGGUAUCCCGGUGCCCUCAGUAACGUCGAGGACAAUGGGUAUGAUGUUGAGCCUCGCUCUGUCCUGACCGCCACGGUGUUCAAUCACUACAUGAGGGUCUUCUAUCAGCAUAAGAAUGAGAAUGCUCCUUGCGUUGCUUGGGGCGAGAGCCGCGAGCGUGGUGAUGAAACCUGGACCAGCAAGACGGCUGUUUCGUUCAAUUGA